AUGCAGUUCAUCUACCAAGCUCUGUCCAUCCUGGCAGCCUCUCUUCUCUUCUCGUCCGCCACCGCUCAGUGCAACGUCGGCCAGGCAUGGCCCGAUUCUACUGACUGCCACAACUUCUACGAGUGCGCUUCCGGAGGCACCCCCGUCCUCAAGACCUGUGGCCCCGGUACUGCCUACUGCCCGACGACGGGUGUCUGUGUCUACGAGCAGAACAUCGCCAGUUGCUUCCACAAGGGUCAUCACUCUGAGUAG